AAAAUCACGGGAAAAUGGCCACUUCCCCAUUUAAAGUGUCGCUAAUUCUGUUAGCAUUUCUUGUAUUUACGACGUUAUUCUUUGCUUGUGCUACAAGUGGUAACAAAACUAAACAGUCAUCGUGCGACAUGGUAGGUGACUCGCUUAGUUAAAAACAUGCAAAUUUUUAAGGAAAAUAGAACGUCAUCGGUUCUUUUUAAGAUGUUCAUGAAAAAUUCGCGUAUUAGAUAAACACCAGUAUGUCAAACUUCCCCACGAUUUCAGUACUUUCUGUAUGCGUAGCGACUUAAAACUGGAGAGCAAAAAGUUCCAAGUUUCAUUUGCCAGAUCUUAUAACUUUUCGGCAGCGUUUUAGCCGUUAAGAUGGGAUUGAAAAAUGUGCGGCUUUUAUCUUUUAAAGAAAAUCGUAACCGCUAAUUGUAACGUUAACAGCUCGAUUAAAACGCCUUCACUAAAAUUCACAAAUAAUCGGUUCGUAAAAGCUACAAAAUUUUACCCCAUCAAGUCACAUUUGUAACAGCCAACAGAAAUGUUGCAGAUCUACAUCACGUAAAUAAGUAUGAAAAAAAGGUCCCCAUACAUAACUGCGAGAUUUUUUUUAGUUUUACAUACACCACCAAACUAAUGCACCGGCGGACUUUGAAUUCUAUGUUUUUGCUUUUGCUUUUCUUUUUUCUUUGUGUGUUAUACUGGCAUACAUCCCUACAUGUAGUAUAGGUUUUGUGUAACAGGGGCUUGCCCCAAAAAAGCCCGGUAGUGUGUGUGUGUGUUUUUUUUUAAAAUUAAGAACUCCUGUCCCCAUUCACAAUUUGUAUGAACUUAAUGCAUAAUUUUCCUUCCAAUUUACCAGGCCCCUCGCGUCUAUUGUGCCGCAAUUCCCGAGAUGAAUGGCAAACCUGGUUCCCCUGGGAUACCAGGCCGCGACGGACGAGAUGGCCGUGAAGGAGCCAAAGGUGACCAAGGUAUCCCAGGGAAGACUGGACCCCAGGGGCCUCCUGGACCUAGCGGAAACCUGGGGGCUAAUGGAAAGUAUUGCGUCAAAGGAGAAAGAGGCACGCAAGGAAAGAGUGGAUCCCAGGGGUCCCCAGGGCUUAAAGGGAACCCAGGUGCUAAUGGAAAGGAUGGAUCGAAAGGAGAGCGGGGAGCCCAGGGACCACCAGGACAAAAGGGGGAACGCGGGGAGAGUGGAUUAAGUGGAACCCCUGGGAAUCCAGGUCUGAUGUCUCUUAGAAACUGGAAGGAAUGUGCUUGGAAAGAGAUUGCCGAUGAUAAAGAUAACGGCCUGAUCAAGGUUUAAAAAGAUCAGACUUUUUAUUUGUUUUCUUGUGGACAUUAUUUAAUAAUUCUAACAAUUUAAAAUACCGUUUAAAAUGCUAUUUACCUUCUCUUUUUCUUGUGCCUCAUAAAUGUCAAGUCCACAAUACUUCUAAUGCGCUAAUUAAGCUGCAAGAUCGUUUGUUUUCCAAUACUUCAAACGGAAAUACUUAAUUGUUUAAUAUUAUUAACAUACGCUUCCUUUUGCUCAGGAAUGUGUGUUUCGAAAGAACUUUUCUGACACUGCUCUUCAUGUCUCCUGGACGGGUACCCUUAGAGUGGCUGGCUGCACAGGCUGCUGCAAACGCUGGUACUUCACUUUCAACGGUGCGGAAUGUUCAGCUCCCUUGCCCAUUGAAGGUAUCGUGUACUUAGGCCAUUUGGACAAAUCCCGUAUUAAUCCACAUCGCGUCCGCAACAUUGAGGGCCACUGCAAUAAUAUACGGCAAGGAAAGGUGCGCGUGGGAUUCUGGGUCGGCAAUUGCGCAAGAGCCAGUGGAAGCUUUAACGCCUACACAGGAUGGAACGCUGUGUCCCGAAUCUUUGUAGAAGAGGUUCCAAAAGCUCAAGCUUAGACCUGGGGACGUGAAUUGAAGCCAUUGUUGCAUAUAAGCCAGACAAGGACUUUAAAGGAUAGUACCGUUGCAUUAAGGGAUAUCGGCUAAUUGCUUUGUAGCCACUUAAACGUUACUGAUGAUAAAUAAAUGGCAACAGGCUUCAAAAGAAAGUGUUUGAUUGUUUGUUUCGCUCUUCAACGUAACAGAUAUAAAAUAAAUAAAUGAAAUGUAAUAGCCUGUAUAACAGGCUUCCUUUUUUUCACGUUUUUCAGAAGAGCGAAUGACCAUGUCUGGCCCUCCUAGCUCGCUUUGCGCUUACUUUUUGUCGCCUGAACAACGAGAAAUAAUAAGGUCUUUUAUGCAGUCUAGAAAUAUAAAAAUGCACCUCUUAAAUUCCAAUUUGCUCUUGGAGCUAAAAACUUAGAAACGUUUUCGAGACGUCAUAUAAUAGAUAGGGUAGUUUGUAGGUCUGCAGGGUCAGCAACCUCGUACCCAAACCUACAUCUCAUUAUGUAAAUUUCCACGUGAGAAAUGGCGGGGAGAUAUAAAAAGUAAGAAAGAUGGCAGCUUCGCUCGCCGUUCCUUCCUUUCCUAUGAUGUCUCACUCUUCAAUUGUUUGCAGUCAUUCUCCACGUUCCGAACGAUCUUUCAAAUUCCCAGUAGGGAAGGGACAGGGAAUUAAACGCUCCGCAGCGACCUCAUAGCCUGUGACAGCCUGUGUGAUGGGCGAAAAAAUGGGAGGGAGAAGAGGAGAAAAGCGCGAAAGGGAAAAUAAAGAAGGAGCGCCUCUGUCCCUUUCCCUCUCUCCCCAAUUGCUCUCCCUUUUUCACUUCCCCUGGACCCCCUCCCACCCUCUUUUUAACGCCUACCAUACAGGCUACAACCCUUAGCCUAAACGUGGGCAAGUUAGUUCCCCACCCCCUCGCAGGCACAUUUGCUUCUUACGCGUUUCUGGAAUAACAUGAAGGGGUGUUUGAUAACAUUCAAACAGAGACUUAUUCAAGUGGCUUCGUACCUCCAUUCCCUUGACUGUAUUUUUGUCUUUAUUUGUCCGAAACCCUUCAGCCAAUCACAAUGAGGAAGCAUUUUGAUAUUUAAAAAUAAUGCGAUUCAUUAGAAGCAAACUGAUUAAAAGCGUUAUUCUAAAUUCUUAGGUUAACGGCAUGGAUUAAAAAAGUAAAAAUGCAGAGGGGCUGUGUGUGAUGAAGAAAUUAUUUUUAGUUCUAACGCGGUGAUUUUGUGCUUCCUUGUCCUUACAUAAAGAAUCCUGGAAUAGAAAUGACGACAUUGGUAAAUUUGUAUUUAUUCCUUUUUUAAUAUAGUUAAAGGAUUUUAUUCCUUUAAGUUAAAGAAAAAUACCCAGAGAAAAAUCUUAAAACUGAAUAUUUUUAUCUUGUGGAAAAAAAUAGUGCGUUUUUCAUGUAAAUUGUAGACCGCAAUUUAAAGUCACAGUACAAUCAAUGAGGCCCGUGGAUCGGAAUCAAUGGGCAGUUGGCUGUCUGUUUUAGUAAACUUCUCGUUUUCAUACAACACAAUAUUCCUGUCUAGUGUAAGCAGCCCAGUGAAUUCAUCUUUUGGUGGGUCAAGUUGUGUAAGGGCUAGGGAUCAUUGUUGGGUUCUUUGUGACGUAACCUGAGACUUGCUACUCACUUGCGAUUCUCCAUGACUGAUUUAGAAUCGAAGUUCGUUUCCUAUUUUGAUCAUUCCUGACUGUUUACUGAUUAGUCUAUACACACAACGUGGACAUUUAUGAGUCUCAUACUUUCAGAUACGCUUUUAAAAUGAAUUUUAUCUUCCUUGCAAACGGUGUGCAAAUGAAAAUUGCAGGAGUUGGUAAUGGUGUAAGCAAAGGCCCUUUUUGCCGCAAAGAGGAGAACUACUAUCCCCGAACGAUCGAUUGCUCGUAAAUUUUCAGUUCUUUCACGUUUUCUGGCGAAGUCGAUCAGAUACAAAAGUUGUCAGCCGGAAAUUUCCUGCUUUCUGUGGCGUACCUUUUAUUAACAGCCAAUCAGGUUGUCGCGUCUAAGUUUGCCAGUUGGCCCACGGCGAGAAAAGAGUUCCUUUGGAAUCCGGCCUAAUUGCAGGUUACACACCAAACUUAGAAAUAAGUGUCAGCUCCGAUAAAAUAUUCCAAGGUAACCUUGCAGUUGUUAAAAGGCAGAAGACGGAUACCGGAAUAACUAGAUAUUAGUAGAAAGGAGGAUUACGUGCUAGUACAGUAGUGGUGACAGAGCUCAACUGAAGGUCAACAAGGCUCUCAAACGCAAAUCAGCUCAUGUCACAAAAGACUGAAAACGAAAGAAGUAAUUCAGCUACUGCUGAUUUAGUUGUUCGUGAGUUUUGGAAGGAAAAGAAGUCUUUCCAUCUUUACAGGUACGUUUGAUGAUUUUUUUUUUCAUAAAUGGAUUAGUUUCUCCUCUCAAAUACGUUUAAGUUUUGUCACUCAGUUAGCAAAAAUAGAAUGGACUAUUGCUAAGCGCAGGUGACUUGUCACUUUUUUCAGUGCUUGCAAGUCGGUGAAUUUUGAAAUCAGCGGGUAUGUCAACCAUCUUAUAUGUCUUUAAAAAUAACAACCGAUGUACUUUCUUGUCCUUCGGCCUGGAAAUGAUAUUUGAAACUCACUAGCUGUCACUGAGGGACUUUUGUUGUUUGAACUGGUGAUUUUCCCCCCAAAAUGAUGUAAUCCCUCAUUCUUGCUUCAGAGCAGACGAAAAGAAAAACUAUCUAAUCAAAAUUUCUUUUCUUUCUAUUGAAGAUCAUAGAGGAAAAAAAAUCACUUAAAAUGAAUAGCUAAACAACGCUGGAUAAAUUUUAACCCAACUGCAGCGUGAUGUUUCACAGUAAACUCGAGUAUGCAGUUAUUAUAACUUUAAUUUCAAAGUUUUAUUUUACUGAAUUCAGAGAAGACUUCCCAAAGUACAGAUGUAGUCGAUCAUGGUUCUGGUAGUAGUUCAAAGUUUUUCCGAUCCAGAGGCGACGCGUUCAUUCUAAACUAUUUAGUAAUGAAAGUGUUUUUUCGCUCAUAAUGAUCAUCUAUCUUUAAUCUCUUCUGCAGGAAAUCAAGAGAAAAAUGGCUACUUGCACAUUAAAAGUCUGGCUUUGUCUUUUAGCCUUAUUUGCAAUACUAUUCUUGGCCUAUGCUACAAGUGUCAACCAAACAAAACAGUCAUCGUGUAACAUGGUAGGUGACACGGUGAUUGCAUUUAAUCGUGGACAGUUAAAAAGUGUUUUAAUUUCUUAGAAAAAAAACGCCAUUUAUAUCAACUGUUCACAUGUAGGACUUUAUUGAAUAAACAAUCUUCAUUCAAUUGUCACUGAUUAAUUAACAGUAUGUACUUCUUGUAUACUUAGCAACUUAAAAUUCGUAGCCAAAGAGUUAAAAAUACACAGUUAAGACGUCUAUCGCUGAGCUGAAAUUUGAAAAAAGGACGGCUCUUAUAUCUACAAGUUAUACGAUUGUAACAGCUUAAUUUAGGUAAUGAAAUCAUCAACAAAGCCCAUUUACUAUUUAUGUACUGAAUCCGCUUUACUCCUAACUUACCAGGCCCCUCCUGUGUGUCAUGCUGGUAUUCCCGGCAUGCAUGGCAAACCUGGUUUCCCUGGGAUACCAGGCCGCGACGGACGAGAUGGCCGUGAGGGAGCUAAAGGUGACCAAGGUAUCCCAGGGAAGACUGGACCCCAGGGGCCUCCAGGACCUAGCGGAAACCCUGGUGUUAAUGGAAAUGAUGGCGCUAAAGGAGAACGCGGAGCCCAAGGACCCCCAGGACAAAAGGGGGAACGUGGGGAGAGUGGAUUAAGUGGAACCCCUGGGAAUCCAGGUCUGAUGGCUUUUAAGAACUGGAAGGAAUGCGUUUGGAAAAACAUCAAUGAUGACAAAGAUCAAGGGCUGAUCAAGGUAAACACCUUUCUCUUUACCUCUUCGUUAUAUCAAGGUCUAAUCACGGUUAAAAGAGAAGUUCUUUUAUUUGUUUUCGUAAAGAAGCAAUAAUAACAACCACUACCUAAUAAUAAUAAUAAUAAUAAUAAUAAUAAUAAUAAUAUAAAAAAUGAAAUGAUAAUGAAACAAUAGCAUUAAAAAUCAAAGAAAAACUAAGGGACAAAAGAUGUAGAAGAAGCUUAAAAGCGUGAAGGGAUCAUGACCAGUUUUCAUUUCCCUUGCCUCUAAGCACACAAGACUGUUUAGUGGUGCAUUUUUACCAGCAUAUCUGUUUCUCUCUUUUGUCUAGGAAUGUGUGUUCAGCAAAAACUUCUCUGAAACUGCUCUUCAUGUAUACUGGACGGGUUCACUUAGAGUCUAUACUAAUAAUGGCUGUAAACGCUGGUACUUUACUUUCAACGGUGCAGAAUGUUCCGCUCCCCUACCCAUUGAUGGUGUUGUGUACGUCCUCAGCAAAACUGUAAACCCUCAUCGCGUCCGCCACAUUGAAGGCUACUGUAAUAACAUCCACAAAGGAAAGGUGCGCGUGGGUUUCUGGGUUGGUAAAUGCGAAGGGUACAAUGGAAACUAUGACGCCUACACUGGAUGGACAUCUGUGUCCCGCAUAUUCGUAGAGGAGGUUCCCAAAGCUCAAGCUUAGAACCUUAAGCGGUGCAUCCACUCCUGCAUAUUAACCAGACAUGGACAGUAGUAAA